CUCUCACUCAUUCUCAGCGAUCUCACUCUCUCUCUCUCUCUCUCUCUCUCUCUCUAACAGCUAUGUCCGACUCCACCGAACCUCCAGCACCACCUCCACCCUCACCACCGCCGCCGCCUCACCUAUACGUACACCCUCGGCGCGAGCCGUUCGAGCACGGCCUAAUCCCCAUCCCGAAGCUCAUCUUCACCGACGGCACCCAAACCCUAGCCCCACUCAAACAGAAACUCCUCCUCCGAUCCACGCAAACUCACUCCCAGACUCACCGGGUCGACUCAGCCGCCGUCGCCGAGACCCUCCAGAUCUCCCUCGACCACGCCCGCCUCGUCCUCGACACCCUCGCCGCCGUGCUCUGCUCCGACCGCGACGAUGUCGAGUCGGUCGGGGCGGACGUGGAUGACUUGAUAUUGUUUUUGUAUAUUCAGUCAUACAAGAGGCUGCUGCCGAGGACGCAUAAGGACUCGGCCGCGGUGGCCGAUGUGUGGCCGUCGACCUCUGCUUUCGAUGGGUACUUGUCGGCUCUUUCGCCGUUGCAGCUUGUGCGUAGCAAUAGCCGCCGCUUUAUGCCAUCACAAUCUGAUGACGAGACUCAUCAGUUAUCCUAUUUACAGAAGCAUCUUGCCAACAUCAUCUCUCUUUUGGCUGAUUCUGUGGAAGGAGAAAGCGAAGAAUGUCUGGUCUUGACAAUGGAAAAGUUCAAGCACCUUGAAUUCCUCAUUUAUUUUGGUGAAAAGGGAUCAGAAAGAAUUUUCUUGACCCAGGCUGCACCUUUUUUUGCUAAUUCAGAUCCCGACAUGCCUGCUGCUCCUGUUCCUGCGACAGAAGUUCAUGAUUGGCUUCUACAGAACAUUACCUCUGCUUUGGAACAUAUUUCUGAAAGAUUUUCAGCAAAAGAAAAUGGGCCGCCCAGUGCCUCUGAUCAGGAUGUUCCCAUGACAGAUGCCUGUGCAAGUUCGGCGAAGACCUCAACCAGUGCUAGGGGUUCUAGUUUUAUCGAGGGGAUCUCAAAGUCAUCAUGUUUAAAACAAGCAUCUGAUUUGCAAGGAUCUUCUGUGAAGGUUGGAAAUUGUCAUGAUUCUGUCAUAUACAUUUUAGCACCUUUGAGAUAUGCCACCAUCUAUGGAUGCUCUGAUGCAACUAUAGUUCUUGGGGCUGUUGGCAAGGCUGUAAGAGUGGAACAUUGUGAGCGGGUUCAUGUCAUUGCAGCAGCAAAACGGAUAUGCAUCGCUAAUUGUAGGGAGUGUGUAUUUUUCUUGGGGGUAAAUCAACGACCUCUUAUUGUUGGUGACAACCAUAAGCUGCAGGUGGCACCAUAUAACACAUUUUACUCACAUUUGGAGGAGCACAUGAACCAAGUUGGUAUUCAGGCAACUAUCAACAGAUGGGACGACCCUGUGGCUUUGGGAGUAGUUGAUCCACACGAUUCAUUAUCUCAUCCUACCGGAGUAUCUGAUGUACAAGCUGAAUCAGCUACCCGACUGGAUCCAGAUCAGUUCACAACCUUUUUGAUUCCAAACUGGUUUGAAGGUGAAUCCUCUGGGUCCACAAAAGGCAAUCCAUUUCAAUUACCAGAUGCUUAUUUGGCAUCUCAGCAUAGAAAUCACAAUAACUUGGGGGAGAUGAAGCAAAUUUUGAGGGAAACACAGCUUGAAGAUAGCAAGAAGCGUGAAUUAUCAAGUGCACUUCACGUAUACUUUAAGGAUUGGUUAUAUGCAUCGGGAAAUAUCCGGCAGCUUUACUGCCUACAAGGUGAUUGAAAUUCGUGGUAAUGUUGUGACACAGUUUAGGCAUAGAGAAAUAUGGAGCUUUACUUCUAGUUUCAACCGGUACAAGCUCCUCCCUGCCGUUUCAUGUUGGUCCUGCAGGCAGCUGGAAAUCAGUACCAUUUACUUUGCUAACUCCCUGUAUCCGCUCUUUUGCUUCUGUUUUCCGCUUUCUCUUUGCCCCUUUUUUGUUUUGAUCUGUAGCAUGUUUGUUUACCCUGGUUCUCACCAUUUGUGAAAUUCAAAAACUGUAUUCAAACUGAUUAGGUUUUGUUUCCCUAGCAGAUUGGGUACGGUGGGAGUGGGCUAUUGAGAGGGUGAUGUGCUUUCCCUCCACCUCAACUCAUCUCCCAACAAGGAACCGAGCUAAAAUGAAACUAUGUAUAAUGUAAAAUACAUUGAUAGCAUGGGCUAUACCUUUUCUUCUC